UGACAGACAUGGAAAAGUAUAUAAAGUUUCUUGAGGCCCAGUUGAAAUCAAAAAAUGAAGAGAAAAAGACAUCACCUGAAAACAAAUCAAACAAAGAGAAUCCCAGCAUUGUGAAAUAUAAUGCGGAAGAUUCAAAAACAGAAAAACAAUUAAACAGCCAAAAUUCACCUACACGAGCUGUCAAGAAGAUUAAUAAAUCACAAACUUCAAGUGAUACUACUCCAUUCGGUGCAAAACCAAAAGUUGCUCAUACAUCAAAGAAUCAUGAUUCAUCUGUUGUAAAAAUUGAGAGAAAAAGCUCUGGUCAGAAGCGAAAGGCAGAGGAACCAGCUCCACACACAUCAUCUGCAAAGAAACCAGCACAAGAUUCAUCAUCUGCUCUCACGGAUGAAUACUCUGGAUUACGAAUUGUAAACCCUUGUGUUUCGUCGACCACGAUGAAGAGAAGAAUGGAAGGCAGAAAAAUGAUCAAAAUCUCUUCAAUUCAAUCCAAUGUACGCAAUAAUGAUGUCGAAGGAGACUGGGUCACAAUUGGUGUGUUGAUUCAAAAGACGCCGAAAACAACUGCAAAGGGUGAAGCCUACAGUAUUUGGAAGUUAUCUGACCUUGCGUUUCAUCUUCAAACCUCGACGAUAUCAUUAUUUUUGUUCGGCGAAAGCCACAAAGAACAUUGGAAAACUGUCGAAGGAAGUGCUGUUGCUCUGCUUAACCCAUCUGUGCUUCCACCAAGAGAGAAACAAUCGAGUCAACUAGCUUUCAGUCUGGACAAUCCAAAGAAAUUGAUGAUGAUUGGAAUGUCUCAGGACUUCGGUGUCUGUCAAUCAUCAAGGAAAUCGGACGGAAAGAGAUGCUCAAAUUUUGUUAACAAGUCACAAGGUAAUUUCUGUCAAUAUCAUGUUCAGCGUGAGUAUUCAAAGAAACGAUCAAAAAGAAUGGAAUGUCAGCAAGGAUACGGCGCGCCAUCUAAAUAUCCUUCAAGUAAACUGAAACAGAAAAUUGCCGGAGAGUCUUUCUUUUAUGGAGGUCAGCUGGUAUCAUCGUCUCCCGCAAGCGCUCCUCUUAAAGAAAAAGUGACAUUGAAAAGUCUGGCUGCGUCAAGUUCCGGUGGGAAGAACUAUUUGAAGGCUUGGAAAGAGAAACAAAACGAGAAAAAGAUUUCUGCAGGAGAAUUAUCGGGAAACACAGGUGGAUCUUCAGAAGAUUUUCUUCGUAUGCUGAGCAUCCCAUCCGUGGGUUCACGAAACCUUACAUUACAUCUUCACAAAGAGGAUGAAAAAGAAAAAGAGGAAAAUGAUUCAAAGCCGAUGUUAUCGGUUUCAGAGUUUCUUAAAGCGAAUACCACAAAUCAUAAAUCCUCUGGGUCAAAAAUUUCAAAUAAGCCCUCGACAUCCAAGGGUAACCCUAGCAGUCCAACGACACCCCUCCUUGGACGUGGCUUAGACUUUGAUGAUGAUGUAAUCUUCGAAGAAAAACCUUCGAUAAAUUUUGCAAUCAAAUCGUCGAGCAACCCAGAUAAGGCAAAGAAACAGGCUCUAGCCAUUGUACGGCAAGUUGGACCAAUCACGCCGAAAGAUCCAAACAAUGUGAGGAUCAAGAAACCAUCUCCUAAACUACAAGAUGUCAUCAAGAAGAAGUUAGAGACCGAUGAUGAAUCAGCUCUGAAUUCUGGGAAAUCGUUUUCAUUAGCGGACGGCUUCAGUUUGGAUUCUCCUGAAGGUCAGAGGAUUUUGAAAGCCAAGUCGAAACAUGUUGGCGAAGUACGACAGGCUGAACUAGCAGAAGAACAAGUGUAUUUUUCAUCGCGAGAAAAGAAAGAGGAAAUGGAAACUAAAAUGCUCUUAACAAAAGAAAUUAAAGUUAAAGUGUUUCAAUGUGAACAGUGUAAUUACGUGGCUGAAAAACCUGGCGUUAAGUGCAAAGAAGAGAAGCACAAACUAACGCAAACGCAAGCGAUGAAGAAAUUUUUCUCUUGUCGUGACUGCAGUGAACGUACGAUCGUAUAUGGACAGCGGUAUCCAACGCGUGAGUGCAGAAAAUGUGGGGCGAAUAAUUGGGAGAAGUGUGGAAUGUGGAAGGAGAAAAGUGGACCUAAAGUAGGAGGCGAAACCUUAAUGCUUCGAGGACCAGAACAUGGAAAAUACUUAAAUUCCCUACAGAUGCCAAAAACGAAUGGUAUUUUGCCAAAGUAUCUGUGACUUUUUACUUAGAGCUCUUGACAAAGUGAGGAUGAAACCAUGAGCCCGAGGGCGACAGCAAUUCACGUCCAAACCGUUAUGAGAUGAGUGACCCAAGGCCAAACCUUGAACGUAAUAAAUGAAUCUUCUGCAUUUUUGCAAUCACUUCUAACGCAGAUAUUGUUUCAAUCGGAAUCAAUUUUAAAAACGUUACCCACACAGAACAACCGCAACCAUUUGGCCCAAUUCCCGGAUCAUUCUAGCGCAUCUAGACAACAAUAGGUUAACUUCUAACGAUUAAUUAAAUAUACUAAAAGUAUUUAUAUGUAGUACCAUUUGCGUCCCGCCGUCACUGUUGAGCGAACGGAGACGGGUUAUGAACGUGAGAUAAGAACUAAGGAACAGACGUGAUGAUUCCCACUUUUGACAAAAAAUGUCUGCAGAAUAUUUAUUGACAGAAUCUUCCUGCUGUAGGUAUCACUUACAUAAUCAAUUAACUGUAGACACUUGUGUUCAUACGUGUACCUUCUAAUUGAGUUUAUCCGGUUUUAUCAAGGAAAUAAAAAACAUUGCGUGAUACUAAAUAUGGUUGAACGCGUACCAAGCCCUAAUCGACGCAAAAUGCGCCA